AUGCAAAUAUUCAUAGGAAAGAUCCCGAAUCACGUGAGCGAAGAGCAAAUCAAAGAAUACUUUGGGCAGUUUGGAGAGGUUACAGAUGUGAGCUUGAAAGGAACAUAUGGGUUUCUUAAUUUUGACUCUGAGAGUAGCAUUACAAGGGUCCUGAACCAGAGAUCUCAUGCGAUUGAUGGUGCGCCGAUAUCUGUAGAGAGAGCCAACGGACGAAAAAGACCUCUUGAUAGCGAGUAUCAUGAUAGAUACAUGGAUAUGGGGAGAGGUGGAUACUCUCCACGGGAUUACAGAGGGUUUCGAAAUGCUCCCUAUCCUCCGAUGAGGUAUGAGGACAGAUCUCCAGGGAGAUAUGACCCGAGGUUUCCUGACCGAUACGGAGGAAGGUCACCCAGUUAUCGUGGCGAUGGGUUUCGAGGAGAUCCUCAGAGGAGCAGAGACUUCUGCGAGUACUGUAACUCGUGUCCUAUCCAUGGUGUAAGAGAAGUGAUCGACCCGAGAAAGAGAGUCCAUGCAUCAAGGGAUCACCCAAACAACCAUCUGAAAGUUGUUUUUGAGAAUGUGGCACCAAACACAACAAUCGAGGACUUCAAAAACUUUGUACAUGAUAAUGGGUUUGAGCCUUCUUAUGCAAGACUCGGAUAUAGCGGGAACCAUGCUGUUCUUGAAUUCAAGAACAUUGAGGAUAAGGACAACGUUAUGAAGAAGCUUGACGGUGUGGAAUUUAAUGGGCAUGUUCUCAAGACAAGAUCUUAUCUUUCUAAGGACGAGUACAAGAGUAGGGAGAGAGAGAGCUACAUGAGAAAUGAGCAGCAGCCAAAUGAGAGCAACUCGGUGGAGCCACAAGAGACAGGCACCGAUAUUUAUGAGGGAAUUGAGGAACCAAAAGCAGAAAAUGAUUAA